AUGCCUCUAAUUCCUCUUACUACUACCAACGCGCCUCCAGGAGGUUAUAGAAUCCUCUCGCCGUAUACGGACGACGACACUACGUUUGCGAACAAGACGCUGUGCCCUCGAUAUGCCGAAUGCGAUCCCACGUCUGCACCGCCAUCGCCUGCAUCGGUUGAGUCGCUGGACAUGUUGGAUAGUACUCCUUGGCGACGCGAUUACAUCUCACUCAGCAGCCACAGAAGGGCAAGCGGCAAUACGCUACGAGCAAGAUGGAAGGGGAAUAAACUUUACGCCACGAUGAUGAUGGUUUGUCUCUUGCUGAUCCUCGCCGCUGCUGGCUCUGCACUAGCCAUGUACCUCUCAGGCAGAGUUGAGAAAAGCAAGUGAAGAACAAUAAUAACAACAGGGCGGGACAAGGACACAGGCUCGCACUCUCUCUCCACAGUUCUGACACACAUGGACGACACGACCAGGCUGGGCGGCCCACCUCGCCAAGUUGUACUGCCUCAUGAGCGCAGUGACAUCCAGGCUUGCGUGUGCUUUGCGGCUAGAUUUGCAUACUAUGGACCACGCCCACGGAAUAUGUGUGGUGUGUGUGUGUGUACAAGGGCCACCACACAGCCCCCUCCCCCUUCCACCCCACCCAGCACCCCCCCUCUCUCUCUCCCUCUCUCU